AUGACGCCCUCAAACAGCCGGAGAAAGUCUCGUCAGAGACAACGGUCACCUAGCGCAGGUAUAGCGAACCCUUCAUCUCAGGGUCUUUUCAAGAUAUCUACUUCAGCAGCAUCUCCCAACCUUGGAGACUUCUCCAGAGUCUUUGCAAUGGUUGAUUCUCAUCGCGAUUCUUUGCAGCUGACCGAAGAACUUCCCAACGACUCACAGCCCAUUACUCAGAGCACCCAUCAGGGCCCUCGCCUCCUUGACAUCCCGGAUUCUUUGUUCAGAGACAUUAUGACUGGAAAGAAAAGUCAGCCAAAGGCCAACUUCACCACCAAGCCCCUGCCUCAGCCAACAUCAAUUGUUGCACCCAAGGUCGCCGUUCAACCCAUUGUAUUUCCGCCUUCGCCUUCAGUAUCUGCAACCACCAGUGAUUCCGAAGACCAGCUGGAUUCGGUUUCAUCUCGCGGAGACUUUGAUCCUGUGGAUGUCGAUCUGGAACUGAACGGAGGUGCUGGCCUGUCGGACGUCACUACGCCGCCGACCACUCCUUUGGCCCAGACAAUCACUUUGUCCGCUGGCGAACGCAUCUUUCAGCGUGAAACCGCUAAAAGAGCUCCUCUCUCCUCCGAGCAGCCAUUUUCCACUCGUCUGAUGAAUGAUUUUAGAGUACAUGAUCAGCGGCUUCGGGACAACUUCCCGAAACACUGCGAUGAGGGUGUAUCUGUUUUCGUUGAUGCUUCCAAUAUUAGCAUCGGCUUCUACGAUCACUUGAAGAGAAAGCUCCAUAUGGACAAGCUCGAUAAGCUGCCCCCUUGCAUUAUGUUUAGCAGGCUUCAACAGAUCUUGGAGCGAGACAGGAAGACUUCUGAGCGCUACAUCGCCGGCUCUAAGAGCUCCACUAAAGAAGCACCAAAGUAUUUUGAGGAUGCCAUUAACUGCCAAUACACCCCGAUAAUUACGACUCGGGUUCCGAAAGAUGAAAAGAAGGAGAGCCCCCGGAGCGAUGGCAAUAAGUGGCAGAAGAAGAUUUAUGAUACCACUUCCUCCGAUUCGGACGAUGCUUUGCGAUUCAAGAAUCGCGUGCCUGAACAGGAGCAGUGCGUCGAUGAGAUGCUUCAGUUCAGAAUGUCUGACUGUGUUCUCGAUAACGAGCCAGGCAUCAUGGUCGUUGUCACUGGAGACGGCAAUCCAAACGAAUCUGGCUUCUCUGACGGUUUCCCAAAACAUGUCGAAAGGGCUCUGAAGAAGGGCUGGGUUGUCGAGGUCUAUUCGUUCAAGGAGACUUGCGCUGAAAUUUGGACCAACCCGCACUUCCUCAAUGAUGACAGAUGGGCAGGUCGCCUCAGCCACCACCAUCUGGACAGAUAUGCACAGGACAUGUGCAACCCCGCUUACGACCAGCAGCUCGCUGAUAUUUCCUUCAGGAAUUGCAAGAGCUCCUCUAAGCGCAAGGCACACCUCCCAGCAUCAUUUGUAGCAGAGUCUUUGCACCGCACUCCUGUGGUCAAAGUUCAGAGACAAACUUUCGUCUCCCAAACCCAGCUGAUUAAGAAUAGUCGGAGAAUCCCCUCGCCGAAGAAGGCAGAACUCUCCGAGUCAAUCUCUGGGUACCUUCCAGCAUCAUCGCACGAUGCGUUCGCCGCCUCAAGUUACCAGCAGCAUUUGCUAACCGCAAGCACUUUUGGUACCUUGCCAGGUGGUUCAUUUGCGAACUUCAAAUCGCAGUCGGCAUUGACUGCCGCCAUACACAUUUGA